GCGAGAAAAUUUCCGAUCUAUCCAUCUUCCAUCAUGGCAGUACAACGAAUAUCAGAAAUAAUAGAAAUUACAUUCAGAUCCGUAGAUCACCUAGCGACGACUACAAGCAUUGAAGCGAGCCGAAGGCGCGCCGCUGUCAUCGUCCCUCCAUCGCCGCAGUCGAGCACAACUUGUUGUAGUAGACAGUCGGGAAGUCGUCGUGCUAAGGUCCCGUAGGACUAGCGCACCAGAACAGCAACCGCCGCGGAUGAAGAAUAACGUAGAUCAGAAGGAUCCAACCCGAAGACACAUGAACGUAGACGAACAACGACGAGAUCCGAGCAAAUCCACCAAAAAUAGAUCCGUCGGAGACACACCUCCACACGCCCACCAACGGUGCUAGACGCACCGCCGGAACAGGGGCUAAGCGGGGAGACCUUUAUUCCAUCUUCAGGGAGCCGCCGCCGCCUCGUCUUCUUGAGCAGGACACAAACCCUAGCAAAACUAUAAGAAACGACUAAAAACGAAGCCCUCCCGCCGGCCCUUGCCGAGAUCCACCGCGCCCUCAUGGCCCUAGGGCCACCGUAGAGGAUGCAGACAUGCGGCGGCGCCAGCGGGAGGCAGAAACACUAGUUUUUUUGUGGAGGAGGAGGCGGCGGCGGUAAAAAGAAAGUUUAUUUCAUCAGUCGUUAUAUAUCAAUACGAUAUUAACACUGUCAAUGGUAUGAUCAUAAUUUAUCUCUGAAGUAAUAUUUUUUCUGCUAAUAUACUCAACAAUAACUACCCAGUUAUUUUUAUACAACAUUAGUACUACUGGUACCCAUUGAGAAUAAAGUCAACCCAAUAUUUUUCUCGGAAAGCCAUUUUGGUUCCGGUGCAUUUCAGUUCAAACGCGAAGAUGGAGUAAUAAACCUCGGCAGCGAUGGUUGGGAUUGCGCGAGUGCGUAUCACAACGCGACGUGUGAGCUGGUGCAAUUUAUGUUUCAGGCGUAUCCCGCCGGCCCGUAUCCCCUCCUUCAAUGAUGCGUACGUGCAGACGUUCAUACCACGGGCAAGCUGGUAAUGCGACGCAACGUCUGGAUAUGGCAUGAAUGAACCUGGCCUGCGCGGGGUGGAGCGAUAAUUCAAAAUCCGCCGUACCCCAGCCCCGGUACGAGCGGGUCGGUUGGUUCGGCUUCGGCUGGCCAGUAGUAGUACCCGAGUACCGCUCCGAAAUCUAAUUCCACCCAUAACACUCGGCAAUCCGCAUUAACUGCAUGCGCCUCUGCUGCCCCGGAUCAGAUGGACACGCGCGUUCCUCCCCUCCCUGCGUUAAUCCCGUGCCGCCCCCCUCCUGCUCUGCGCAGUGCGCACGCCCAUUUCAAAUCCCCACCAACACCUCCUUCCUUCCGCCAGAGUUUUCGGAGCAGGGCAGCGCAGAGCGGGGCAGGGUUUUCGCGGCGCACCCCACCGUCCAGGUGUCCUCGUCUAGGAGGAGGUCUGGAUCGACGAGAUGCACGCGUGCUUCCAUGGCGGCGGCGGCAGCGGCAGGACCAGGACCAUCAGCAUCAUCCGGGACCUCACCAAGAACAUGAAGUCCAUGUCGCUCAAGAUGAAGGCGGGCGGCGGCGGGGGCAACGCGCGGGCGAGGCGACGGCGGCGGAAAGGGGCGGAAGGGGAGGAGGACCUGGAGCCGCAGGACAAGGACGUGGCCGCGGCGUCGGCGUCCGCCAAGAUCGCGCCGGAGGAGCGAGAGGGGAAGACGCGUGCGCCAUGCGACCGGUGCCGCUCCGGCCUGGAAGACGUCCCCGAGGAGGGGGAAGAGGAGGAGGCGGCGGCGGCGGCGGACCAUACGACCGGGGAGGAGCAGAGCGAUGGCGAGUGGGUGGCGGAGCCGGAGCCCGGGGUGCUGAUGACGCUGGUGUCGCGCCCCGACGGCACCAACCACCUCCGCAAGCUGAGGUUCCGGGAGGAGCUGUUCGACGGGCCCCGGGCGGCGCAGCGCUGGUGGGCGGACAACUACGACAGCAUCGUCGAGCUCUACAGCAUCGUGCAGUCCACCGGAGCGUCGCACGAGGAGGAGGACGCCGAGGACGGCAUCGACGACGACGAGCCCGCGACGCCGUGCCAGUCGGAGGACGACCACCACCAACCGCGGCGGUGGCCGCGGCUGGGGUGCGACUCGGCCUCCACCUCGGCCGGCCCGUCCAGCGGAAGCGGAAGCGGCAGCGGCAGCGGCGGUGGGUCGGCCAGCACCGUGGGCUCGCCAAUACUGGGCCUCGUCGUCGCCACGCCUCCUAACAAGGGCGAGAGAAGCCCGGGCCAAGCACAAUCACACAAACACAAGUGUCGUUCCUUGCACAUAAAUUAGACAGAAAUGGUUAUUAUUUUUAGGGUUUUCUCCAGUCUUUCGUGCCCAUCAUCUUACAGAAGCAGGCCUGGGCACGGGUUUUACAGCUUUUGUUUAUACUGAUUCACUGGUUCUCAUUUGUAUUCGAUACUUCCUGCAAGGCUGUAAACAACGGCCAGCCAUUUUCCUGCAAGGGGUGGCUUGGGCAGUUGGAGCAGUAAAAAUCGGCUAUGGCCUAUGGAUGGAACAUUGGUAUGAUGACAAAUGUUUAAUUCUGGGAGGAUGUCUUAUUUGGGCACUGCUGCCUGGCUACAAAGUUCUGUUGUUAAUGAACAGAAUUGCUCCAUUGCCCAGGCCUGAGAUGCUGUGCAUUCAAA